CCUCCGCAUGCGUACCAGUGAUUUACCAUCAUGGCGGCGUCGUUGCAAAAAUAUGUGCAAAAUAUCGGCGGUUGAAACAUUUCUAGAGCAAAAACACAGAUGAAAACAUGCACAGCAAUAAGAAAUUAACCAUGGAAGACACAUGGAGACCAGCUGACCUAAGAAGGCACGUCAGGGAGGAAGGCCAUGGGGUUGACUACAGCAGAAGGCGUGAUGACUACGUAAGAAAGCACCGUGGUGGGGAAUCCACAGAGAGACGUCACAGAGAUGCAGAGAAGGAGUCCAGAAGAGAGAGAGACAAACACAGGGAAAGGGAGAGUACAAGAGAAAGAAAAGAUGAGGUGGAAAAAGACAGAUAUGUAGAUCGACGGAAAGAGGGUUCACGAGACAGGCGAAGUGAUAAGGAUAGGGAAAGAGGAGAUGAGGGGUCAAGGGAGAAGAGAAGGGAGAGGGACAGGUUACUGGAUGAAAAGAGGAAUGAUGGUGAAUAUAGAGAGAACAGAGACAGGAGACGAGACAGGGAGAAAAGGCAUGACAGGGAGAGGGACAAGGAAAGACACAGAGAAAAGGAACGAGAGGGAUGGCAUGGAGAGGACAGGGAAAAACGCCAUGAGGAGGACAGGGAGAAAAGGAGAGAAGAGAGAGACAAGGAGAGAAGAAGAGAAGAGCGGGACAGAGAGCACAGAACUGAAAGGGAGAGGAGACAUGAGGGCACAAGAGAAGAAAAGAAAGAUCUGAUAGAAAAGCAUGAACGAGAGAAGAGAAGGCAGCAUCAAGAGAGACAGAGACACAAAGAUGAAUAUGAAGAUCAGAGGAAGGAAAAAGACAGGCAAGAGAGACAUGGAGACAGAAAGCACUCAGAACUGAAGGAAGACAGAGAAAACAGAGACGAGCACAGAAGACCUAAAGAGGACAGAGAGAGGAGACAUAGAGAGAGAGGAUAUCAAGAUGAAAAGCACAGGCAUGAUAGUGAAUCGAGGGAGCAUCGGGGCCGGAAAAAGGAGGAGGUAGAAGACAGGCUACAUAGUGGUGACAGAGAGCGAGCAGAUCGGGAUAGACACAAAAAUAAAAGGCAUCUAGAUAGAGCAGAAGAGGAAGAACCGGAAAGAGGUGUAAAGGACAGAACCAGCAGCUCCUGGAAAGCCGACAAAAGUGAUAAGCUUGGGACCAACACAGAGGAUGUAGCAUCUGUAAGAAAACAAGUAGAAGACACAGAGGAGCCUGUUGCCAGUGCUGAAGAUCAGGCUGAGCAGGAAUAUGAAGACGACUUUGAGAAAGCGGAUUAUGAGGAGGACUUUGAGGAGAUGGAUGAGAGUGAAAAUGAAGAUGAGGAUGAAACGGUGCCAGGGGCGAGUGAGGAGAAGACGGAAGUGACAGCAGAGCGGAGAAAAGAAAUCGAAGCGAUUCAGAGAGCGAUGGAGGAAGAGAAUGAGAGAGUGGGAACAGCUCUGUCCAGACGAAGUACAAGCAGAGAGGAGAUGGAUGAGACUAAGUGGACCAGAGAGAAGAGCCAGAGUAGAGCCUCCCAACGUGGGAAGUUUAUCGACUUUGUGGCCGCAAAGCAACGUGAAGUCAGCAAAAAAGUCGCUUCAAAACAGAAGAAACGCAGCACAGAGCUUCUCCGCUUAAUUGAUCUGGAUUUCUCCUUGACGUUCUCCAUUUUGGAUCUUCCCCCUGUGAAUGAAUAUGACAUGUAUAUAAGAAACUUUGGAGCAGCAAACACCAAGCAGGCCUAUGUUCAGUGUAAUGAAGAUAAUACAGACAGAGACAUCCAGACAGAAGAGAUAGAGGUUUGUGAAAAGUGGACACAGCAUCCUCCAGAGCACAGUGGAGCCUGUGGAGAUCCAAACCUCUCCCAGGAAGCACGAAAUAGAACCAUGGGUGAAAUGAACUUUGACUCACAGCGUCUUACAGCAUUUCUACACUCAGCCUCACAGGUCAUGGUUGUUCUGCUGGAAGAAGACCAAGCUGAGAAGAAAUCCCUGAGGAAGUUGAAGUCUCAAACGGACAUGCUGUCUUUCAGCGAUGGAAGUUUACAACUCAACACAAAGUUGCCUUUUCUUUAUGGUCGCCACAUCAGCCUGGUCCACUUCUCUCAUGUCCAGAAGUACACAAUGAUGUCCGUCCACAAUCCAACCACCAAGCCAAGUGCUGUUCGUCUUGAUAGUUGCACUAUCAUCUGCAUCUGGAACAUACGAGAGCCAUCCAGACCUCAAAAAGUCCUUGUUUAUGAAUCUGAGGUGCUGUGUUGUUGCUUCAGCCCUGGAAAGGCCAUAUUGGUGUUUGCAGGCACAUCAGUGGGCUCCAUAGUGCUGUGGGAUCUGAGGGAACAUGCAAGUAACCAUCAGUGCGUGAAAAUCGGAGAGGAGGAGUGGAUUUUUCGACAGCCAACAUUCUCCACUGAUGCAGUGAUGGCCGGCUCAGGCCAUUUCUCAUCUGUGACAUCCACAGAGGUUGUCCCCUCUGGUGUUGCAGGGGUGCUAAGGCCAGAAGUCCCACUUUUGGCAUCUGAAGAAGAGUCAUCAGGAUUGUCCUUCCAGUUGGCUUCUUUGGAUGAAAGCGGGGUUUUAAAUUUCUGGGUGGUUGUGGAACUCCCGAAAGCCAAUGAGGCAGGCUCUCCAACAGAUCUCGGGCUCAGACCUGGGGGCAAAGUGAAGCUUCUUCACAGCUCCUCCCUCCUUACUGCUGAGAGGGUAUCGCCACGAGAUGCUUUGAAAACAGGACCGUUACAGACACUGAGCCUCAAAUUCCUUCCUACAGACUCCAAUCAUUUCUUUAUUGGCACCAAUAUGGGUCUGGUCAAUCAUGGAACAAGUCACGGUUUGAAGGCUCCACCCAAGUUUUACCGAUUUCAGGAGGCUGGAGUCCGACCUGUUGAUGUCACCUCCAUCAGCUUUAGUCCAUUUGUGUCACAUCUGUUUCUGGUGGGUUGUAGUGAUGGCAGCAUCCGGCUACACACUGUGAGCCAUGAGCAGCCUGUGGCCGAGUGGACUAAUGGUACAGCAGGUGAACCGGUGGUCUCACUGCACUGGGCCCAAACCAGACCAACGGUCUUCUGUGCCCUUGAUACAGCCUCUAACCUCCACAUAUGGGACCUGAUGAAAAAUGACUCUGAGCCUGUGCUCACAGAAAGGAUUCACUCUGACAGGGUGACUGCCAUGGCUGUCUUUGGAGACUCAGGACAACAGAACACAUACUCAGGAAUAGUGCUGGCUCAUGAGUCAGGAAAAAUAGAAAUGCAGUAUUUCACAAGAAAGUUGACUGUGCCCAUACUUGCAGAAGAGGAGAAGUUGGAGAGUAUGAUGAGUGAAACCUUUUGAAACACUGUGCACUGUAUGACUGCUUUACACGUCUGUACUUCUGUAUUUAUAAGCUUUGGAAGAUCAACCUAUACAUUUCCUUUUUAAAACCUUUGUAUUGUAUUUUGAUAACAUAUUUAGACCAUAGCUGCAUGUUUUUGCAUUAAUGUAGCUUUGAGAGUUACCAAAGAUUCACUCAUAGUGGAGCAAAGUUUAUAAGAUUUGCUUCAUAAAAAACAAAUGUAAAUGAUUGUUGAUGUAAAUACUUAUGCUGUUGAUGAAUGUAAAAUAUUUGUACUCUGUUAACACAUUGAUUAAAGCUAUCGCAAUUGUUUAUGAGGAGGACAGUAUGUAUGAUAGUAGUGCAAUUUAAAAAUGGUCAAAUUUAAACGAAGAUAACGGAAAACAGAAAAUAAAUAAA